AUGUUUACAGACAAGAGUAACUCCUCGCUGGGGCAGAAACCUGUGCAGAAGAAGACGCGUCCCCACGGCCUUCCCUCCCCCGCCCUGUGCUGCGCCUGUGGCCUCUGCAUCAUGUUAGCUGGAAUCAAUAUUACUUUGGUUGGUGCCUUUGCUUUUGGGACGUUUCUGCCAGUGAACAAUCCACCAAUAAUCAUUGGACCCAUCUUAUUAGUAGUGGCAUUUGCAUUUUUUGGGGCUUGCUGCAUCUGCAGCCGGAGACCGCCUCCCCAUGGCCACAGGAAAUGUAAGCCGGGAUCUAACAUCGGUUUUAUUAAGCCGGGCAAUGCGGCCUUUGAGAUUGAGACGAGUGAGCACACAGUGCAGGACACCACGGCGGUGCAGCUCAGCCCCACCAACUCCCCAGUGUCUUCCCGCAAAUCUUCUCCUGUGCACGAUAAUGUCUGCAAACUCUUCACAAUGGAUUGCAAUGGGCCGGCCGCCAAAUUCAGUGCAGGCGGAGAGUCCAUCCAGCUGAACCUGCCCAGAGACCCCGUCACCUAG